GGGGAUUAUAAUCCGUGCGCUAGAGGGCAGUUGCUUUAGCGGGUGGGGCUCCAAGGUGCGCGCGCACCGUUACAUAACGGCAACGGAGGCUGUGAGAGCGCGCGCAGCGGCAGGUGCGGGGCGCGGGGCGAUCGAUGCGCGCCCGGGGGGAGUCAGUCGAGCGGCGAGCGAGCGACAUGGCGGCGCGCCCACCCCGCGCGGCGGCCCCGCGGCCCGGGCCGCGCGAGUAGGUCGCCAUGCGCGAUGCGGUAUGAGGCAGCGCCGCGCCCGGCGGGCCGGCCCCCGCUAGCGGCGCCGCCCCCGCCAUGCGAGCGCCGCCGCUGCUGCUGCUGCUGCUGAUGGCGGCCGCGGGCUUGGCCGUGAGUCCGCUCGCGCGCCUCAACCCCUGGCUGAGCGCGUGCGACCUGGAGGAGGAGGGCGCGGGCGGCGUGCGCGAGUGCGGGGGCGCGGCGUGCGGCAGCGGCGGCGGCGCGCCCGACGCGCUGACGGCACGCGACGUGCCGCACCUGUGCGCGCUGGGGGCCGGUGCACGCGCGCGUCGCCUCGCCGAGCUGCGGCUGCGCGCCUGCUGCGAGCGCUCGCCCGCCUCCGCACUCGACCGCGGCGCGCGCGCCGACGUCCUGGCCGGCGGCGAGCGCUGCGAGCGGACGCUGCACGACCUCCUCAGCCUCGACGCGAUGGUCGCGCGCGUGCACUGCGACUUCGUCGACAUCCUCAGUCGCUACGACUGCGACCAGUCCUACUCCGUACACACGUGUUACGAGUGCCAGGAGACAUACCGGCGGUGGGCGUGCAGCACAAUGGUGCCUCUAUGGGUGGAGGAGGGCGCGGAGGAGGGCGGCGAGGAGGGCGGGCGGUCGCGGCGCGCGCCGGCCGAGCAUGCAGCGCGGUGGCGCGCGCGGCACCUCGAGCGCGUCGGCCACCUGGACCGGCGGCGCGCCGGCGGCGUCGUAGGCCGCUGGGUGCGCGCCGCCGCCGCCGGGCCCGGCCGGCCCCUCGCCAGGCUCAAGCCCUGCCUCUCUGUCUGCCAGCUCGUCGAGCAGCACUGUCCCUACUUCCUGCCGGCGGACCGCGCGCCUGCCUACCCCACACAGUACGCGGGAGAGCCCACGUUCCUAUGCCUCGAUCCGCGCAUUCCGGAGACGGGUGCGCAGGCGAACAAGUCCAACUACGGACCGGACGAGUGCUGCUACUGGUACUGCGAGGGGCGGCUGUGCUACCGGUGUGAGGCUCGGCUGAGCGAGCAGCCGCGUCCAGAGGCGGAGCGGUGCGCGCCAGUGGAAGAGCGCGUACCCUCAUGCUCAGUGCCAUACCAAACUCCAUCGUUGGCAAACCGUGUUCCCCCACCCUGCACAGCCCUCCUUCUCCUCGCGCUACUCCUAGCCGCGCUCGCACGGACUCCUUGGACGCUUCGCAUGCCUCUAGUGAAUGUGCGCGAUUCGAGGUUAUAGUUUUACGUUAAAGUGCGUCGCACCGCCACGUCCCACGAUCGUCGGACUGCGAUCGGAACCUCUAUUAGUGCUGUACUUAUGAUAAUAAAUUACGUGCGAUUACGAGUUCGAUGAUACGCGUGUUUCGCGGCGCCGGUCGGUGAACCGCCGUCUCCGCGAACGCGACGUCGUUAUAGACUGUAAGGUAUUUUGUGGCAGAUAGUUCGACCCAAGUUAUAGAAACACCAAAUGCUCUGAAGAGGAAACAUAAGCAUUUUAUUUCAUAAGCACUGUUAGCCGCCGAUGAUCCGGCCAAUAUGUUAAUGUUUUCGGCACAAAUGUUUGUAAACAGAAUAUAAACACCUAAUUUUACGUUUGUUGAUGAUGUUAUUAAUGUAAUUUUUAUUGAGUUCUACUUUACCUGUGUCAUGAAAGUUCAUCGCCAAUUUUAAUAGUUUUACUUGAUUUUUUUAAUAAAUCAAUUUUAUCUUAAAAUUGUAUCGAAAUAAUUUAAAAAACAAAACAGAAACGUCAAAGUGUAGUUUAUAUUAAACUCAUGAGAUGUUAUAAUUUACAUAGUUACCAAAGGCAAACUCCAGUCAGUUUUACCUACGGAAGUAAGUUCUACCACUUUACUGGCUUAUUAAAAAUACAUGGACCCAAAGUCGUCCUCACAUACGAAACUGACUUGAAGUACCGUGUUUCUUUAAAAAAAUAUUGGAAUCUGUUUCUAGAGAAUUAUUUUUGUAUUGCAUUGAAAAGAUGAUGAAGGCAAGGAAGGGGCGAAAACGGUGCAUCAUCAUUUCGACAUAUUUAAUUUGAAUAAAAGUAUUUUGGUAAUACGAUAUCACGCUUGGAUUUUAUAUAAAAUGAAGACAAAUUACUUACACGUUACAGUCUGUGCCAAUUCAACGACCAUAGUUCUAGCUCCGUUGUCGCUCUUGCCAGCCAGCUGUUUACGAAAGCCUAAUUAGUGAUUGUUCUAUACAUUAUAUUGACUAACUAACUUAGGAUUAAUUAAAAGUAGUUGUUGUUUUGUAAGAAAUAAAAUAUGACUAAUGCAUAUAAUGAAAAUUAUAUGUAAAUAUCCGUCUUAUGAACUUUCAACAUUAUGCAGUUGUAACAUGGUUGAAAAUGAUUUUUAUAUGAAUUAAUUUUAAUAUAUAUAUAUUAUUGUAUAUCGUGUCGAGUAUAUGAUAAUGACGCAACCUUCAACAUGG